GGGACUAUAAGUUAGUAGGGUUCGAGUGAUGAAUGGACUUCAUGGUUCGGGUUCGAGGUUUGUUGGUUUUUCCUUGGUGAUUAUGCCGUGGUAUAUUGCUGUGGCCCUAUGGCACUAUCUCCACUGUCUUUCCCGUAGAUGUAUUAUACAUACAGGCAUCUUUGAUAUCUAUACUAGCUGAAAAAGAAUAUGUAAAAUCAGUUCUUCGUUUUUCUGGAUACCUCUACCACACAAAAAAUUUUUCGCGGGAAGGGGUUGCAGGUUGGAUGAUUUUACUGGUUGCACCACCAGGGUUGGGAAAAUAUACAUGUUUGACAAGGCCAACAUGUAAAACCAUCCAUCCUCGCUCAGGUGCAGGCCUGUGACUGUUUUUCCUCCGCGCGAUGUCGCGAGACUGUCUAGCGAGAAAAACUCAAGAGUAAUUUUUCAUUUACUUGUUACAUACAUCAACAUCCAAUAUGACCAGAACCUCCGUGUUAGCUGAUGCUUUAAACGCUAUUAACAACGCCGAAAAGACCGGUAAGCGUCAAGUCUUGAUCAGACCAUCCUCCAAGGUCAUCAUCAAGUUCUUGACCGUCAUGCAAAAGCACGGUUACAUUGGUGAAUUCGAAUACAUCGAUGACCACAGAUCUGGUAAGAUUGUUGUUCAAUUGAACGGUAGAUUGAACAAGUGUGGUGUUAUCUCCCCAAGAUUCAACGUCAAGAUUGCUGACAUCGAAAGAUGGACUGACAACUUGUUACCAGCCAGACAAUUCGGUUUCGUCAUCUUGACCACCUCCGCUGGUAUCAUGGACCACGAAGAAGCUAGAAGAAAGCACGUUUCUGGUAAGAUCUUAGGUUUCGUCUACUAAGCGUAUAGUUGACUGUAAUAUAAGAAUUUUGAUAGACUACUGUAACCGGUUAACUGUAACAUAUCCCAUCUCUCGUAGUAAGGCUAGCUUGAGUAUGUCAGUCUAUGGCCCAAGCAUCGAGGGCUACAGCCCUAGAUUCCUCAAGUCGCGUGACACGAUUAUCCUGCACACAACUUACCCUCGACGGAUAGGCUCCUAACCCCGCGCUCACCAUCUCCC